AUGGCAAAUACUAGACUCAGCGUGGCUCUUGUUGGCACUCUUGUUCUUGCUCUUGUACUACUACAAGUAGUUUCUUUUCUCCAAACCCCCAGUGGGAUUCCUGCUUUCGACGCGAAGUCUAGAUGGGAUGACAGAUCAUCGAAUUAUACGUCGGAUGACAGCAUCUUCCUGCUGGGAGCUGGUAAAGCGGACAUCACGGGACCUGUGGUAGAAGUAGGGUUCGGUGGUUAUGCUAGCUUGCCCCAGAUCGGGACAGGCCUCCGGCAAAGGCUCUAUUCCCGAGCAUUUAUUGUAGCUAACCCUGAUAACCUCGAGGAGACUUGGGUAUAUACAGUUCUUGAUAUUGCGUUCGGAGACACUGGAAUACGGCAUGGGGUUCUAGAAGGCCUUACCAGCCUGGGUGGGGAGUAUUCCCGAUAUGGCGAUGAUAACCUUGCUCUCACUGGGACACACUCGCAUUCGGGGCCGGGUGCUUGGAUGAAUUAUCUCCUGCCCCAAAUCCCCAAUAAAGGAUUUGAUAAGCAGAGCUAUCAAGCGAUCGUUGACGGUGCUCUAUUAUCUAUUCAACGUGCUCAUGAGAGUCUCGCCCCGGGGCGCCUUAGUUAUGGUACAAUAGAGCUCGCGGAUGCAAACAUCAAUCGAAGUCCGUAUUCUUAUGAUGCCAACCCCGAGGAAGAGAAAGCCCAAUACUCCGCAAAUGUGGACAAGACGUUAAGCCUACUGAGAUUCGACCGGGAAAGCGACAACAAAACGGCCGCUGUCUUGACUUUCUUCCCCGUACAUGGCACCUCAAUGUAUGAAAACAACACGUUAGUGACUGGGGACAACAAAGGCGUCGCCGCCUGGCUCUUCGAAAGAAGCGUCCAGGAAGACGCCCAGUUUACCGACGACUUCGUUGCCGGGUUUUCCCAGGCAAAUGUGGGCGAUACUACGCCCAACGUCCUAGGAGCCUGGUGCGAGGACGGUUCAGGGGAGCAAUGUCAAUAUACUGACAGUACAUGUGGUGGAAAGACUGAGGACUGCCACGGUCGUGGUCCGUUCUUCCGCGAAAAGGACAACGGCGCAAAGAGCUGCUUUGAGAUUGGACGCCGCCAAUACUCAGCUGCGAAAGAGCUGUACAGCCAAAUGGACUCUGACGCCGUGCAGGUUACCAAAAGCUCCCAGGUCGCCUCAUUCCACGUUUUUAGGGAUCUUAACGGCUAUGAGUUCCAGUCGCCCUUCAAUUCAAGUACUUUAAAGACUUGCUCGGCAGCGCUUGGGUUUUCUUUUGCUGGCGGUACCACUGACGGACCAGGCCUCUUUGACUUCACACAGAACGGCACCGGGCCUGCAGAGUCCAAUCCCUUGUGGUACGUUGCGCGUGCAUUUAUUCACCAACCUACCGCAGAACAGCAAGAAUGCCAGGCACCGAAAGACAUUCUUCUAGAUGUGGGAGCCGCCACCUUCCCGUAUGCGUGGACUCCGAACAUUGUGGACAUUCAGGUUCUUCGCGUUGGCCAGCUGAUGGUCGUCGUCUCGACGAGUGAGAUUACGACCAUGUCGGGACGGCGAUGGAAAGCGGCAAUCGCCAGCGCUGCCAAGGACGUGCUUUCAAUUGACGAGCCCUUGGUCGUUUUGGGGUCCCCGGCGAAUACUUAUGCUCACUAUGUGGCUACUGAGGAAGAGUAUCGCCGCCAACGGUACGAGGGUGCUUCGACUCUGUACGGGCCGAACACUCUCGCCGCCUACGUCAACUUGACACUCACGUAUCUCCCGUAUUUAAACAAUUCCAACAAUCUCGCUGGGCUGCCGUCCAUUCCUUCUGGGAUAAAUCCUCCAAUCAACACGGACAACUCGCUGAGUUUCAUCACCGGAGUCGUGUAUGAUGGCAGCCCGCUUGGCAAAUCGUUUGGGGAUGUUACUUCAUCUGCUGGGAAGAAUACAUAUGCACCAGGGGAUACGGUGACGGCCAGCUUUGUUGGUGUGAACCCACGCAAUAACCUCCACCUCGAAUCCACCUUUGCUGCGGUUGAAUGGCAGAAUCCAGACACGGGUACCUGGGAGGUGGUGCGUGAUGACCACGACUGGAACCUGGUCUACAACUGGGAGAGACUUGGUACAAUUUUAGGCACUAGUCAGGUCACUCUGCAGUGGCAGAUUGAGGAUGAUUACUACAAUUCUGGGAACCCUAAAUCCCUCCAGGCAGGGAGCUAUCGAUUCCAUUAUUACGGGGAUGCUAAGGGCCUUGGAGGGAAGAUCACGGCUUUUGAGGGAAUUGAUGAGCCAUUUACCGUUACAACUAGCUAA